UGAAUUCCAAGCUUUCAAAGCAGAGAUUAGAAGCGACCGCGGGGGCUCCCAGUGCAUGCCCCAAAGCAUCAAGAGUCCCAGAGCAAGGUUUCCCCAGGUUUCAUGAUGUUCCAAGUACUCAGGAGCAAGCAGUGUAGGCUAGGGGUCAUCCAUUUAAAACGCCUCCAUCAUAAGGCUGUGCUGGCAGUCAGGCGAGAAGAUGUAAAUGCGUGGGAAAGGAGGGCACCUCUGGCCCCGAAGCACGUCAAAGGGAUUACCAAUUUGGGAUAUAAGGUGCUUGUUCAACCUUCCAAUCGGAGAGCCAUUCACGAUAAGGAAUAUGUCAAAGCUGGUGGCAUUCUUCAGGAAGAUAUUUCUGAGGCUUGCCUCAUUGUGGGAGUUAAGAGGCCUCCAGAAGAAAAAUUAAUGCCCAAGAAGACUUAUGCAUUCUUCUCUCAUACAAUAAAAGCUCAGGAAGCAAACAUGAGCUUGUUGGAUGAGAUUCUAAGACAGGAAAUACGGCUUAUUGAUUACGAGAAAAUGGUUGAUCAUAAAGGAACACGUGUGGUGGCCUUUGGACAAUGGGCAGGGGUGGCAGGGAUGAUCAACAUUUUACAUGGAAUGGGCUUAAGGUUCCUUGCCCUGGGGCAUCACACACCUUUUAUGCAUAUCGGUAUGGCCCAUAACUACAGGAACAGCAGUCAGGCUGUGCAAGCUGUACGUGAUGCUGGCUAUGAAAUCUCUCUGGGACUGAUGCCUAAGUCUAUAGGACCUUUAACGUUUGUGUUCACUGGCACUGGUAAUGUGUCUAAGGGUGCCCAAGAGAUCUUCAAUGAACUCCCUUGUGAGUUUGUGGAGCCACAUGAGUUAAGAGAAGUUUCCCAAAGUGGAGAUCUCAGGAAAGUGUAUGGGACAGUGUUAAGUCGACAUCAUCACCUUGUCAGGAAAAGAGAUGGGGUGUAUGACCCUGUAGAAUAUGACAGACAUCCUCACCUCUACACAUCUCGCUUUAACACUGAAAUUGCCCCAUAUACUACUUGUUUAAUUAAUGGAAUCUACUGGGAGCAAGACACUCCUCGGCUAUUGAGUCGGCAAGAUGCUCAGAGGCUCCUCGCUCCAAUCAAAUCCUCAGUUGUUACUGUUGAGGGUUGCCCUUCCUUGCCCCACAAACUCGUGGCCAUAUGUGACAUCUCAGCUGACGCUGGAGGGUCUAUAGAGUUCAUGACGGAGUGUACGACAAUAGACAGUCCCUUUUGUAUGUAUGAUGCUGAUCAGCAUAUUAUCCAUGACAGUGUGGAAGGCUCUGGGAUACUCAUGUGUUCCAUUGACAAUUUACCAGCCCAGCUCCCAAUUGAAGCUACAGAGUGCUUUGGAGAUAUGCUUUUUCCGUAUGUUGAAGAAAUGAUAUUAUCAGAUGCAACUCAGCCUCUUGAAAGUCAGAAUUUCUCUCCUGUUGUCCGAGAUGCAGUGAUUGCAUCCAAUGGAUCAUUGCCUGAAAAGUAUAAAUAUAUCCAGAAACUUCGAGACAGCAGGGCGCAUGCAGAGUUGCUUUCAAUGGAUAAGAGGAAGAAAGUUUUGCUACUUGGAAGUGGCUAUGUGUCUGAGCCACUAGUAGAAUACCUUUGUAGAGAUGGCAGCAUUGAAAUGACAGUGGGCUCAGAUAUGAAGAAUCAGCUUGAGCAUUGGGCCAAGAAAUACAACAUUAACCCCAUUGUUUUGGACGUUGGCAAGCAAGGGGAGAGACUGGCCAACAUAGUGAAGAAACAGGACCUUGUGAUCAGCUUGCUACCGUAUGUAUUACAUCCUAUUGUGGCCAAAGCAUGUAUUGCCAGCAAGGUGAAUAUGGUCACUGCUAGCUACAUCACACCAGCCCUCAAGGAGCUGGAGAAAAGUGUGGAUGAUGCUGGCAUCACAAUAAUUGGAGAGUUGGGAUUGGAUCCUGGCCUUGACCACAUGUUGGCCAUGGAAACAAUUGAUAAAGCUAAAGAAGUAGGAGCCACGAUUGAAUCAUAUGUCUCCUUUUGUGGUGGCCUGCCAGCCCCAGAGCAUUCGGACAAUCCUUUGAGAUACAAAUUCAGCUGGAGCCCAGUUGGUGUCUUAAUGAACAUAUUGCAACCUGCCAAAUAUCUGCUCAAUGGAGAGGUGAUUGAAACUGGGGGGCCAUCUUUUCUUGAUUAUGUUACCGCCAUGGAUUACUUCCCAGGAUUAAAUUUGGAAGGCUACCCCAAUAGAGAUAGUAUCAAAUAUGCUGAGACAUAUGAUAUCCAGUCUGCUCAUACUUUGUUGCGAGGGACUCUGCGAUAUAAGGGAUAUGCCAAAGCUUUGAAUGGAUUUGUAAAACUGGGCCUAAUAAAUAGAGAUGUACACCCUCUCCUUAGUCCUGACGCCUCCCCUAUCACCUGGAAAGAACUGCUCUGUGAAUUGGUUGGGAUUUCACCUUCCUGCACUCAUGAUGUGCUGAAGGAAGCCAUCUACAAGAAACUGGAUGGGGAUGACACACAGUUGGAGGCAGUGGAAUGGUUUGGUUUACUCGGAGAUGAAAAGGUCCCUAAAGCAGGGUCCCUUGUGGAUGCCUUCUCUAAACAUUUAGGGAUGAAAAUUUCCUAUGGUCCUGGAGAAAGAGAUAUGAUUGUAAUGAGAAACAAUUUUGGAAUACGGCAUCCUUCUGGUCACUUAGAACACAAAACUGUUGAUCUUGUGGUAUAUGGUGAGGUCGAUGGAUUUUCAGCCAUGGCCAAGACUGUCGGUUUGCCAGCAGCCAUGGCUGCCAAAAUGAUCCUGAAUGAUGAAAUUAAGCAAAAGGCUUGAUUGGGCCCUUUAAAAAGGAGAUCUAUGGACCAAUACUGAAGCAUAUUAAAGAAGAAGGCAUUAUAUCCACAACUCAAAGCACCAUUAAGCAGUGAUU